UGCUUGGCUUCAGCUUCACUGUUUCCUUGCAAACACAGUGGUGUUUGCUCUGUCCCCUUCCCGUGUUCCUGAUAGCAAAGGAGUGUGCCCAAAGUGCAUAGUGGGUAUUAGCAGAGGAUGUUACUGAAAAGAGUUAAUUGUGACUCUGUAAAUAGAGACUGAAACCCUGAGGCACAGAAAUGGAGACUGAAACUAGCCUGUGUGAAAUUGAAAUGUCAGAGGAAAACAUUACUGCGUUCCUCAAACCAACAAGCAGUGCAGCCUGUGGCUAGAAUGAAGAAAGAGUCAAGAAUAUGGGACUAGGUGCAUUUGCAAGUGGUGUCUGAAUGGGUAUCCAGUUAGAAAGAAACACUUCUGUCAGUGGCUCAGGUGGUGUUUGAUUCAGAGCUACUAUAUGGGUCACCAGCAGAAACUCCAGUGUUUAUCAAGGUGAGACUGAGAGGAAAGAACUGUGAGGUUGUGAUUUGCUUUUGUCUGUUCUGUUCAGGAGGAGCAGUUGGAAGCAGUGUUGUCAGCUGCUGUGCAGACAGGUUCUUUAGAACUUCUGAUGGGAUGCAUUAAACACUGGACUUCUGAAGAGCAGCCAAGUUCUGCUGUAAAUUUACGGUUUGUUCUUGAGUGGACGUGGAACAAAGUGAUCUGUACAAAAGAUGAACUGGACCAAAUAUGUGUUCCGCUGUUUGACGGCUCCUGCAACUUCAUUGACCCACAGACAUUACAGUCCCUUCAGCACUGCCAGCUGCUGCUGAGCAACCUCAGCACAGUCCUGAACUGUUUUCUAACAGAAGCCCGAGAGCUUACUGAGAAAGGUUUUUCAGACUUGACAAAUAAGCAGGUGGUAACUAGCCUCAUUUUUUUGUAUGCACAAGUUGUGAUCUGGUUCUGUCGAUCCAGUCUCCUUCCCGAGGGUUUAGAUGAUCACAUGCAUUUGUCCAGACCUUUCUACAAUUACCCUCUGAUUCAGAGCUACUAUACAGGUCACCGACAGAAACUCAAGCGCUUAUCAAGGUAA